CCACCACGCCUCUGAGCAUCCAUCAUUAUAGACCGUGAAAACUCUAAUCUAUGGAUCCAAUGCACAGAGGUGACCUGGCUAUUUUGCCCUUGGAUGUCUUAGCAUUGAUCUUCCUGAAUCUUUUCCAAACACGAGAAUUCAUCUCCUACCGUCGCAGAAGUCAUACAAGGGCCAGCCUUGCCUAUAUCAACAAUCUGACCAUGGAGGCACCCUGAAGGCGUUCUAAUUUCCAGUAGUCGAAAAGCCGGAUCGAAGACCCUGGUUCCGCCGCCUUUACUUGGGCAGCUUCUGAAUUCAGCUCUGCCCCGCACCUCUUUCUACACACCCCGCUCUUGGGCCUCACCGAUUGUCAUCGCGGGAGUAUAGGGUACUCAACCCGAGAUAGGGAAGAACAAAACACAACAGUCGGGACUGGGGAACUUUCCCGUAGCUUACUGGUGAGACAUGUAAAGUGUGUUAUUGGGACAUGAAAUUACGACUGCUCGAAAGCCAGCCGUAUAGUGCCCAGCAUCAGAGAUACCCGGAAAUCCUGUCGAAUCGUGGACAUUCUGUGUAACAAUGGCAACCUCUUCUGCCAUCCCCAAGUCCUACACUGCUGUCGUCAUCAAGCAGCCAGGACCUGAUGCACGAAUCAGCUUAGAACAACGCUCCGUGCCUCGUCCAGGCCCUGGCGAACUACUGGUUUGCUUGAGCCAUUCCGGUGUUUGUCACGGCGAUGUAUCUCUGGUCUACGACGAUUGGCGAGAACUUAAGUUUACCAUUGAGAAUUCAGAGACUCCUGGCCAUGAAGGCAUUGGCACUGUGGUUUCUGUUGGACAGGGUGUGCAUAACUUUCGAGUUGGAGAUCGAACCGGUGUCAGAUGGAUAUAUAGCGUCUGCGGCUCAUGUCGGCAGUGCCUCAACAAAGUUAUCUUCCUGCAACGGUGGCUGAUGGACGAAAAGCUAACUACCAUACAGCGUGAGGAACGGUGCCCUAAUCAAGUACACUCUGGAAGACAAGUCAACGGGUCAUUCCAGCAAUAUAUACUGGUCCCGGCGUCCAAUUCGCUCCAUAUCCCGACUGGAAUCAAGAGCGAAGACGCCGGUCCUCUACUCUGCGCAGGAGUGACCAUGUACAGAGCAUUGAAGUUCUCGCGUCUUGAGCCAGGCGAGUGGGUGGCCAUCACAGGUGGAGGUGGUGGACUUGGUCAUCUGGGUAUUCAAUUUGCGAAGGCCAUGUCUCUGAGAGUGAUUGCUAUCGAUACUGGCUCUGACAAAGAAGCAUUAUGUCGGCAAUUUGGAGCAGAUGAUUUCCUUGACUACGCCACAACGAAAGAUCUGGUCGGCAAAGUCAUGUCAUUGACAGAUGGUGGUGCCAAUGCUGUUGUCGCUGUAGCGGCCAGCAAGGCUUCCUAUAUCCAGGGUGCAGCAAUGCUAGCAGUGGGAGGGUGUUUGACUUGCAUAGGCCUUCCUCACGACAAGCUCGAUAUGCCCAUGACCGUUGCGGAAUGUAUUGGGAAGUCAUGUCACAUUAUUGGAAUUAAUGCAGGAUCUUUGGCGGACACAGAAGAAACACUUCAAUUUGUCGCAAAACAUGAUAUCAAAGUAAGCACUCAGGUCUUCCAAAUGAGCCAAGCAGAAGAAGUCUUUCAGAAAUUGGCUGCUGGGACAAUUGUCGGAAGAGCUGUUUUAGAUCUGCGAACGGGUUUGGAUGUUUGACCAGUGUUUGAAUUGGUGGUUCCGGACUGGAGAAACCCCACGUUCAGUUGAAAUGUGAUACAGGCGCUUCAAUGCCUCCAGAAGUCUUUGCUAGCGCAUGUUGUUGGGGUUAUUAAACUAAGCGUCGUAGGCCGGUGAUAGGUCACCGACUACUUUUAUAUCAAAGUAGGCAAACUAUCGUC